AUAUUCAUGAGCUGCUAUCGGGGCUUUAAGUCGUUGAUUAGGACAGCGGCACAGCUUUUCGUCUCAACUGCCUGGCUGACUGGCUGUGUGUGUGUCUAUAGCCCCCUCUCACCGGCUCUCACAUACACACCGCACACACACGCUCCCUCACAUCUACGCACACACGCAGAGCUGAUCAGUGCGGGCAGCGCAGAGCCUGGUAAUUGUAUUGCUCCCUCCAAGUGGAAGGAAGGACCGAGAGAGAGGAAGACCAGAGAAAGAAGAGGAGGAGAGAGAGAGAGAGGAGAGAUAUAAAAACUUUGAAUUUUUCCAAUUUUUUUUUUUGCUGUUUCCACGGAGGAGGUUGACAUGACAAUGAACCGUUAUCGCCGAUGGAUUCGGUAGGACACCCAUUAUCUGAGUGUUUUUUAAUGCACUCUGAACAAGAGUAGAAUGAACUUAUCGAAGGGGCCAUUGGUGAACAGCAGCAGUGAAGAUAAUUCCAAGUCAACUUAUGGUAAAUGCGGCGCUGGCGCCUGGAGGAUGCACCAGAGCUACGAUCCACUGGAGGCCAACCACAUGAGAGACGCACAUGCCCUCUACAACCCCAGGCUUCUCUGCAGAAUGUCCAGUAAGGAGCGACACCUAGAAUCCAAUUGUCCGUCCUCUUAUAUAAAGACUGAACCGUCUAGUCCUGCCUCCCUGACUGACAGUCUAAACCAUCACUCCCCUGGUGGCUCCAGUGACGCCUCGGGCUCAUACUCAUCCACAAUGAACGGCCACCCCAACGGCUUAGACUCCCCAAGCCUUUAUGGCUCCAAUGCAGGGCCCCUCGGACCUGCUGGUGGUCCUGGAUCAAAGCGUUAUGAGGACUGUUCGUCAACUAUUGGGGAAGAUUCGCAAAUUAAGUGCGAGUACAUGUUGAAUUCCAUGCCCAAGAGGUUGUGUCUGGUGUGUGGGGACAUUGCGUCAGGCUACCACUAUGGAGUGGCAUCCUGUGAGGCCUGCAAGGCCUUCUUCAAACGCACCAUUCAAGGCAACAUUGAAUACAGCUGUCCAGCCACCAAUGAGUGUGAGAUCACCAAGAGGAGACGCAAGUCGUGCCAGGCCUGCCGCUUCAUGAAGUGUCUGACUGUGGGCAUGCUGAGGGAGGGUAAGGGAAAAGGUGUUCGCCUGGACAGGGUUCGUGGUGGAAGACAGAAGUAUAAACGCCGGAUAGAUGCAGACAACAGCCCAUACCUGAACCCACAGCUGGCUCUGCCCCCUAAGAAGCCAUUUGCCUUUGGCUGCCUUGCAGAUAACAAAAUCGUCUCUCACCUGCUGGUGGCCGAGCCAGAGAAGAUUUACGCUAUGCCUGACCCAACAGUACCCGACAGCGACAUCAAGGCCCUGACUACGCUGUGUGACCUGGCGGACAGAGAGCUAGUGGUCAACAUCGGUUGGGCCAAACACAUCCCAGGUUUCUCCACGCUGUCUUUGGCAGACCAGAUGAGUCUACUGCAGAGUGCAUGGAUGGAGAUCUUGAUUCUGCGUGUUGUGUAUCGUUCACUGUCUUUUGAAGACAAGUUGGUGUAUGCUGAGGACUACAUAAUGGACGAGGACCAGUCGAAGCUCGCUGGACUUCUGGACCUGAACAAUGCCAUCCUUCAGCUGGUCAAGAAAUACAAAGCUAUGAAACUAGAGAAGGAGGAAUUUGUCACUCUCAAAGCCAUUGCUUUGGCUAACUCAGACUCCAUGCACAUUGAAGAUGUGGACGCAGUGCAGAAGCUCCAGGAUGUGCUCCAUGAGGCCCUGCAGGACUAUGAGGCUUCCCAGCACCAGGAGGAUCCCCGCCGGGCGGGCAAGCUGCUCAUGACCCUCCCCCUGCUCCGCCAGACCUCCACCAAGGCUGUGCAGCACUUCUACAGCAUCAAGCAGGAUGGCAAAGUCCCAAUGCACAAACUCUUCUUGGAGCUGCUGGAGGCCAAGGUCUGAGGACAGGGGAUAGAUGAAAGGACAGCUAGACACCAGUCUGAACCAGUUGAGCUGCAACUCAAACUGAACAACUCUGAAUGACCUCUUGCUCUUUUACACACACACACACACACACACACACACACACACACACACACACAGACAAACGCACACACACACACAUGCACUCUUACACACACACACACACACACACACACACACACACACACACACACACACACACACACACACACACACACACACACACACACACGCACUCUUACACACGCACACAUACAGAAAUAUGUCCCUGAAGUUUGUCUGCUGACAAAUCCCCCUAUGAAUAAAGAAGCUAUCUCAACCUCCUACCUGAACCCUAAACCAAACUGUCUUCGACAAAAAGGCGCUCACUUGAUCAUCAGUUUUGGGGCCGCUGUGGCCAGACUGACGUAAACCCCCCCUGUUAGCAAGGGAACAUAUUUCCUAACAAUUACUUAACAGCAGUUACCACGGUGAAUCCCAACGCUGACGAUGGCAAAACACUUAUGCAUUUAAUAACGAUUAAGAUGUUAUUAAUGACAAACGCUUAAAUGAGGACACAUUUAAAAGAAACUGAAAACUCUUCAUUUUAGCUCUGAGAGACUGUAAGACUGCACUCGUGUCUCCCUUCCCCUCACCGUUUCCCCCAACAGAGUUUUUUAAGAGUUCACGAAGAGAACGAGUGGGGGAAAAAAAUGAACACCGAGGAAAUAUUAAUGACGUUUGUUGUCAAAGUACAUGUACAAUGAAACUUGGAUGGAUGGACAGAAAGAAAAGAAGAGGAGAUUUGCCCUGCCAAAGAAUGGAACCAUCCAUUCAGAGGAUGCCAGCAAACUUAACUGUCAUAACCCAAAACUGUUUCUGGAUUGACCCACCAGUGGCUUUCAGUCCUGGGCCUCAAGAGUACCGCUGGUUCUCUGGUCUAACAGUUAUUUAAGAAUUUUUCUGCUAAUUCUGAAAACCAGCAGGGCUCAAGAGUUUCAAUUACCAGGAUUGGAAACGACUGCGGUAAACACUUUACAGUUCUCCCUAAAUUCAGCUCCUGGUUUCCCAUGACUCCCCUACUUCAACUACAACUUUACUAUUUGUUGUAUUUGCUGAGGACCGGUGAUCCUGGCCUCCCAAACCUGUCAGUAUUACCAUAGUAUCAGUGUGUGUACACUCAACAAAGCUAAAAAUGGUUUCAAAUAUUCUAGCCACUCGAGGUUUGGUUGAUUGACAGUAGAAAUAUUACUUUUUAUUUGCUUCUAUCAAAGCAAAACUUGAUCUAUAUUGUCAAGAAUGGAUUCCUGCUUGGCUUACAGACAGAUGAUGUUCACAUUGUCUGUGAUAUUAUAUGCUCUGUCAAACCCCCUCCUGUGUUUGCAUGUCUAUUUGAAACAUUUUUAGCUGCUUAGCGGUCCAGGUUUGCAGCUCUCCACGUACCAGUCAGUAGAGAUUUCAGUCUGUCAAUGUGCCAUUAUAAAUAGUCCAGCCCACGCUCAUUACCCACACUCCAAAAACUACCAAGUGUCACCUCAGUACUACCCUCCUCGCCCCGUUGUGUUCACAACUUCCAGCUCGUCUCUUGCGUCAGUACAGAGAUAUUUUUGUGAAUCAUUCAGGGAGUGCAGGGGGAGCUUCAGUCAUCUAAACGCAAUACAAACCCGAAGGAAAGGUGUGCUGACAAAACUGACUGAAGAACAACUGCUGUUGCUUUGAAACUCCUCGACUUUUUUUCUUAAUUUCUACCUUGAAAAUAAUCUUAGCGGUGAUACCAAUAUUAGGGUUGUAAAUAAUUGUCAUCCUGUAUAUGACAUAUAACAUGGCUUUGUUUUUGUUAUUAAUAUUGUCUUCUUAAAACUGAAUCAAUCAAUAUGUCUUUCCUUUUUUCUAUCAGCUUGACCACUUUCAGCAAUUAUCAUAUAUAUAUAUAUAUAUAAAUAUAACAAGUAAUAAUGUAUUAACAAAUCAGCGUUUAUCUUAGAAACUCUGAGCAAUAGUGGUUUUUAAAGGAGGGGUUUGUGCAUAUGGACUAAGUCUGCAAUAUUAACAUUACGUGCCAGUCUUAAAAUUUGGGAGAGAGAGGACGAGGAUUUGGAGGAGAAUUUGUAGCUUCUCUUUCUCUCUGUGUAACUUGCCAUAAGCUAUUAGAUAACAGUCAACAUUUCCUUUGUUAGUGACAUUUAGGCAGGAGAAAUACGGACUAGGAAUGUCGGGAUGUGAUGUUCCUGCUGAUUUCACAUGAAAGCUAUGUGGAAGAACUGCUGGGUGACUGGGUUAAAGAAGCAGCUACAAACAAAAACAUCACAUGUUCGGAGGUUUGCACCUUUCUUGUGACCGACUUCUUUUUAUGGUCACAUUUAACGUCAUUUAAGAAAAAAAGACACUUCUUUGUUUAAAACCAACAGUUAAACACAACACAGUUUUUGCUCAUUUGCACCAGAGGGUGUAAAACUGUUUUGGCCAUCAGAAUAACCCGGUGAAAUCUGCAGUAGAAUGGUGCUGAGGAAAAUCAAAACAUCAACCAAACCAAAUGACGUGGCACUAGCUGCUUCCUGUUAGCUCGCUACCCGUUUAAGUGUUGUUACGUAGAUUCUAUAUUCCAUAUACCAUCUAAACAACUAAAAAUAAUUAUUAAAAACAGCCUCACAGAUUAAGCUGCAUUUUAUUGAUAUUCCUAAAUUCACAAAACUAGCUAGCUAGCUGGUGUUGUCAUUCAAAUCAGCUGCCUUUGUUUAGAGCGAACAGGCGACGUCGUGCAGCGUAGUCAUUUAAAAUGUGACUUUAAUUAACUGUAACAGACUUUAAGAUGAUGAUCGUUUUAUUUGACAGUGAUUUGGAGUCAUUUGUUAACUGUCAACACCAAUACGGUUGCUUGUUAAAAUUCAAAUGGUUUCUCCAGAAACAGGAAAAGCUGAGCUGACAGGAAGCUGUCUUCCACAGUCAAAUGAAUUUCUCUCUUAUAGCAAGAUUGUAUACUGUGUGGUUGACUGAUCACAGCUUUAACAGGUAGACAGUUGAGGAGUGGUUUUUUUUCUAUCUUUUAUUUAUGUAAUUUCUAAAGCCGAAUAAGAAUGCCAAAAUGUAAUCUAGACGACAGCGUAAUCUAAUAUAAAAUGGCAACUUGUCACAGCUGAGGAGUGCGGCGGUUUAAAGUGUAGUUGAUCUCUAACAUCACACGCUCUGUAUCAAACAUCAGUAUUAUUAGUAAGGGGUAUUUUCUCAGCCUUCUUAAACAUUGUAUAUUGUAAAUUAUACAGAUUAUAAUUCUAACAUAAGACAUUUUAUUGGAAACGAAAUCCAGAAAAAAAAACGAAAAAAAAUGUAGUUCAGCCUGUGUGUUUCAUGUUUGCUGUUUUUUCUAUCAAGAAAAGAAACCUUUUCUUUGGUUUUAUCUGUUGUUUUUUUGUUUGUUUGUUUCCUUUUAAAGUCCUCUUUCUGUUUGACCCUUUCCUCCUCUGUUGACUCCUCUAAGGCGUUGCUGUGUAAUUUUUUCUUGUGGUGAUUCCCGUUCUUGUGCCGUGUGCUUCUUCUUUAGAUGACACAGAGUAGAGUAGAGGCCAUGUUGUCUGUCUGUCUGUCGGAUCAGUCCGCUGGGGGUCUGGGCACCGGAUUCUCUCUCAAUGAACCGAACCGGAUAUAAGGCUCUUCUUCUAGAAACUUAACUAGACCACCAGGAUCAAAUUACAGUACUCAUCUUUACCAAACUAUACAUGAAUAAUUAAAUAUUUAGUAUCUAAAUGAAGAAACACCUUAACAAGUAUUUAAAAAGGGAUCAUUUGUGUAACUUUCCUGUAGAAUAAACAAUAUACUGUAUAUCUUUAGGUUAAAUAAUGCUGAAAUGAAAAGGACAUUUGAGUAAUUCAGAACUGUAGGUGACUCUUUUUUGAUAAACUCGCUGUACAUAACUGCCUUCCAUACAGCUCAGCUCAGUCAUUAUCUUUACCGUUUCAGCAGGAAAAAAGAGAAAAUAUGAAGAUGAGUUUUCAGCUUAUUUCCUGGAAGAUGUCUUGCUUUACAACAAACCCUGAGAAGCUUUGGUGUGGGUUGACGGGGAAGAAAUGUCAAAGAAAAUGCUUGACAUGUUUAAUUUGCACUUGCUGUUUUUCCUACACCUUACAUUCAUCCACGACGGGGACAUGAUUCCACAUUCUGGUCCAAUUGAGCCGCAAAAUUAAAGAGUUAAAUUCUAAUUUUUACCAGCUUUGAAUUAACAUUUUCCUAUUUUUCCUCAUGAUGCAAAUUUCUAGAUUCAGACGCUGCACUGUAAACACCAUAAAUUCAAAUAUUCUAGGGUUCAUCAAAGGUCUUGAACGCAGACAUUUGUUGUUUUUAGAGGGGGAAAUAUACAGAUACAAUAUUUCACAGGUGCACGUGAGAUAUUUGUAGCUCGAGCUCCCAGUGACGAAGAUGAAUUUCUCAUGUUGAUUGUAACUUAGAACGCUGUCAGAAAGACGGUAUUUAUUACCAUCCACUGUACAUUAAUCUUCACAACUUAUGGAAGAAAGGUGCUCUUCUCUCUAACUGUUACUGUUUUUAUUUAUGUGUCAGUUGUCGAACUGAUCCUGUGCGCUAAACAGUUCAACACGGUGAAAGAUGUGACAUGGUCUCCCUGAGGUGAUUAACGCUGAGCUGAAUCUGGUUAAUAGUUGUGUUUGAAAUUGGACUUGGAAAUGGGUCCCAGAGGUGCCCCUUUGUCUCGCUAGCUGGGGCAUUUUUAGACGCCUGAAAAGAAAAAUCUGACCAGCAGAAAUCAGAAGGGAGAUUGUGUGUUUCUUUCCGAGGUUUUGAUGUAACUUGCUGCUCAUAGCCACAAUGUUAUUCAGAUGUACAGGAUGAAGGCUUUUACCUUGUUUUUUUUUUUCUUGUUAAAAAGCAAUAUUUUAAAGACUACAAUGAUGAGGCAGGAGUUGCACAAGUUUGUGUCGGGUUAUAGAUCCGAAUGCCGAUGGAUCUAUUAGAAUGAUUCUGCAGUUGGUGUUAAAGCCACAUAAAUAACAACAAACAAAGCUGGUAUUUCCAUGAGGAGCAGUGGAAGAAGGACUGUCUGGGUUUUUUGCUUGUUUUUUUUUUUUUUUUUGCAGAGUUUGACCUGGUUGCACUUUGGGCAUCAUGUUGUUGGCCUCAUUUGGAACUUAGACCCAUUAGCGACAAACUCUCCAUGUAACAAUAGUUUAGUUGGAGCAGAAGGACAGGUUAUUGAGCCAUAGUGACAAAACCAGAUUGUCCAUCUUCCAUAGCUGCCCCUGAAAACUGCUAAGGCCAAACUGUGUCUAUCUACAGCUCAACAGUGUUUAGUCAUUUAGUUGUAUUUAAUCCCCAAAUGUAACUGCCACUUGUGCUGCAGGCUUCCCCUGCAGUUUGAAUUUGCAAAUAUGAAGGAAAUAUUUAAGGGAGAGAAAAAGUUUGGGAACAUUUGGAUUCAAAGGAUAUUUAAGGAUUUUUUUAAAAAAAACACCCUGGAGUGGUGGAGAAGACUUGUGGACGAGAGAAGACCCUGUAGUGUUAUUACAACAUGUCCGUAGAUUUUAGAUGUGCUUCACAUCAGUAAAUGAAAAAAAAAAAGAUAAACAAUUACCUGUAUAUUUUUGUGACGUGUAUCAUACAAGUGUGCUGCAACAAUAAUGUCCAUUUGUGUAAAUGUAUUUAUUUCACAUUGUAUAUAUUGUUCAAUGCAAAAAGAGAGACCUAUGAUUCUGUAACUUAAACUACUAUGGGUUGAAACAUUACAUGUGUUACUCCAGACUAUGCCUUUCAGGAUUAUUACAGUAGAGCAAUAUCAAUUAAAACCAGGCUUCCAGUUUUGAAA